AUGACGGUGUUGAUGACAGUGGAGACCAAGGAAAUGAACAAAGCAAAAGAGGAAGUUGGCAAUGCCAGGAUGGAACCAGAGAUUCCCACAACCAGGAUCAGAGGUGACGAACAGCCCAAAAAUACUCUCUAUGCUACCUGGAUGACCAAGUACCACCUGGGUGACUUACUCAUUAUUAAGUCCGGCUGCCAGCGAGAGGUAGUUGUGGAGGCUGCCGUGAACCACCUGGUCAACCUGCACCUGCGGGCCUCCUACACCUACCUCUCGCUGGGCUACUAUUUUGAUCGGGAUGACGUGGCUCUGGAGGGUGUAGGCCACUUCUUCCGCGAAUUGGCCGAGGAGAAGCGCGAGGGCGCUGAGCGUCUCCUCAAGUUGCAGAGCGAUCGCGGAGGCCGUGCACUCUUUCAGGAUGUGCAGAAGCCUUCUCAAGAUGAGUGGGGUAAAACCCAGGAGGUCAUGGAAGCUGCCCUGGCCUUGGAGAAGAACUUGAACCAGGCCCUCCUGGAUCUUCAUUCCCUGGGCUCUGCUCGCACUGAUCCUCAUCUCUGUGACCUCCUUGAAAACCAUAUCCUGAAUGAGGAGGUGAAGGUCAUCAAGAAAAUGGGCAACCACCUGACCAACCUCCACAGGUUGGCUGCUGGGCCCCAGGCAUCUCUGGGCGAGUACCUCUUUGAACGGCUCACUCUCAAGCAUGACUAGGAGGCCUUUCCUUCC